GUUGAAUGGAGCCUGAGGGGUUUAUAUUGCUGUCAAACCUCCCGGCAAAAUCUGAACCACUUCCCGAAGCAGUCACGUGGUACAGCCGGGCAGCGAGGCUUCGGACGUCAUCAUUUUUGGCUCCUCCCCUAAAUGAAGCAAGCCUCGAUACGCGCUUCGAGGAAACGCCCCCUCCAUUACUCGAAACACGCUUCGAAGCGUCGGCACAUCUCGUAACAACACUAGAUGUAACGUUAGUAGUCUUCGCGGAGGUAAAACACCAAUGUCGUCAGUUGAGAACAUGAGAAAGUUUGUCCACGAGCGGCUGACUGCUGCUGCGGAAGAAAUAUUCGGAGUUUUUGAAAAAACUAUCUUCGAGUACCAGGAAGAGGUCGACCGUCAGCGCAGACUGCUGGACAUCGUUUGGAAACCUGAAAUAAAGCUACGCAUAACAGAGCUCCCAGAGCAACAUGUCUGUAAGGAGGAGGAAGAGGAGGAAGAGGAGGUUCUCUCUGAGCAGCAGCUCUGUAUUCAGGAGAGGAGCUCCAGUCUGGACCAAGAGGACCCAGCGCCUCCACAGACCAAAAAGGAACAAGAGGAACUCUGCACCAGUCCGGAGGGAGAGCAGCUUGAGCUGAAGCAGGAGAAGGAGACCUUCAUGUUGACUCCUACUCAUGAGGAAACGGACCACAGUGAGCCAGAACCCACAACUGACCACCAGCUCGUAGCUGAGAGCCCAGAUCGUAAAGGAAGUGAGCAUGAAGACUCUGAAUCAACCAGAAAUCCAGAGCCAGAACCAAAGAAAAUAGAUCCCAAAAAUAGAAGUCACUGUGACGAUGAGAACUUGUUAAAGAUUCCCAAUGAUACUCAAAUCAGGAAAGCACUUUUCCAAUGUGAUACAUGUGGAAAAACAUUCAAGUGCAGGUCAGGUUUGUCUAUACACAUGAGAACCCACACAGGUGAGAAGCCAUUUAUUUGCAAAACAUGUUCGAAGAAUUUUGGAAAAAGUAGUCAUUUGACGGUCCACAUGAGAACCCACACAGGUGAGAAGCCUUUUACUUGCAAAACAUGUUCGAGGAAUUUUGGAAAAAGUUGUAGUUUGACGGUCCACAUGAGAACACACACAGGUGAGAAGCCAUUUUCUUGCAAAACAUGUGGAAAGGAUUUUCAAUAUAGUUAUCACUUGAAAAGCCACAUGAGAACACACACCGGUGAGAAGCCAUUUUCUUGCAAAACAUGUGGGAAGGAUUUUAUAUCUAAUGCUAGCUUGACGGUCCACACAAGGACACAUACGGGUGAGAAGCCAUUUUCUUGCAAAAUAUGUGGAAAAGAUUUUCGAUAUACUGAUGACUUGAAAAGCCACAUGAGGACACACACAGGUGAGAAGCCAUUUUCUUGCAAAACAUGUGAAAAAGAUUUCAGACGUAAUUCAGCCUUGUUGGUUCACAUGAGAAGAGCCCACUCUGGGGAGAAGCCGUAACUACGAGACCUGUGGGAAAACAUACUUUGAGGCUACUCCAUUGACGAGGCUUAUAAGAUCAUACAUACAACAAAUUACCACCGUUAUUCUUUGUCAACAUCCUCUACAUCAGGGGUGUCCAAACUUUUUGCAACUAGGGCCAAUUGUGAUAAAGUAAAGAUGCCCGGGGCCAAUAGUUCCUUUAGACAUUUUUUAAACCACAAAAGUUACAUGAAAAUACACUGUUAUAAAACAAUUACUUUUAUUUUUUAAAUGACAAUGUAACCACAUAUAAUAUAACCAAGUCUGCCUUUCAUUCAGUCAGAUAACAAUGAAAAAGCUGUAUAUAGAAUACCUUACAUUUCUAUGAGUUACAUAACGUUGCAAUUAACCUGUUUUGCACUGAAUACCUUUUCAAGAUAAUAUCAAUAAAGUGCAACCUGUGAAAAAUGAAACAAAAUAAGAUCAAAUAUUUGGGCAUAAAGAGUUUACUGAGUGUUAGUGACACUGCAUAUCUUUUCAAAAUAACAAUAACGCGCAACCUUUGAAAAACAAAACAAGUGCAGAUAUGUCUGUCAUUAAGUUUUUUUCUAUGUGUGAUAAAAUGGGCUUUCCACUCCACCUCUUUUUAAAACGGGGUUGCAGGCUUGAUACGGCCACUCACCAUAAAGCUCAAUGUUGAGCUCUUGUUUCGAAGGGCAACAGCUGGAACGCUGAGAGGUAACACCUGGCAAGUCUCCAAGAAUCUCGUCUGUCACGCAUGCGCAGCGUAACCGGUUAACGUUGUAACGUACACAUUUAUACGAAAGUCGGCGACAGUCAUUUCGCUCUUUAUUUAUUAAUGACUUAGUUUUAUGUCCGUGUAGUUUGUAAUAUGCGAAGUUCUCAAACAAGGUCUUGAAAUAAAAGAAUCUGC